ACCUGAGGCCCAGACCUGAACAUCCGGGUUCUUGCCUGAAGCAGGUACUGAAUGUUAGCUCCAGUGAAGGUUUCAAGUUUCCUAUUGUGACGACUGAUCCUUUCCCCCUGCUUGCUACUGUGGCUUGUUUGCAUUGGUGGUCUCUCCUUGCUAGAGAUAACGAGAGACCUCCUCCUCUGAACCCUAUAUAACAUUGUACACAUUCCUGAAUAAAUGAGACUGGCGAUGAUCCUGGCUUUGUCUCCACUCCUUGCGUACCCCUGUCCCAUACCAAGCCCCUGCUUCCUCCCCCGGGUACCCCGUUGAUCUGCCCGGCUGGCCCGGACAUUUGGCGCCCAGCGUGGGGCCCGGGUAUGAGGAAGAACUUACAGAGGGAGAAGACGCCCGAAAAGGAAGCUAGCUAGCUCAGGAGGAAGCCUUAUGGACGUGGGACCCUGCCGCGUCAUGGAUAAGGUAAGCUCAGGUACAGCGUCUGAAUCAUGGGACAGGAAAUAAGCCAGCAUGAGAUAUAUGUGAAGCAAUUAAAAGUGGCACUUAGGACGCGAGGAGUCAGGGUCACAAAAAAGGAUCUACUCCACUUUUUUGAUUUUGUUCAAGACCUGUGUCCUUGGUUCCCUCAAGAGGGCACAAUAAAUCAAAAAAGAUGGAAAAGGGUGGGGGGAACCAAACAACUGCUUAGAAGUGCUUCUCCCAGCACUGCAGGGGCCCCAUCCCCCAAUGAUCGCUGGACUUAAUUCCGUUUCACAGUGAUGCGGAGGAUGAUCCAUCCAAAGAAGAACAAAAAGAACCUUUAGAGAAAAAUGAAAGGGCCUCUCCCGACCCGGCCCAAAAUAGAAAAGAAAAACAGAAUUUAUCCCUCUUUGAGCAAGUUUACUUUUGUAGCUACAAACCCUCCUUGCUCAUCUGAAGAAGAGGGCGGAGUUUUUCCACUGCUUAACUCCAAAAGCGAAAUCAAAGUUGCUUCGCAACCUCCCCCCACUAUCGCAAAAGGGGAGGAUCCUGAGGCAGGCGAAGUAGAUUGGAGCAACCUGGAAGAGGAGGCUGCAAGUUACAAUCCCCACUCUCCUCCUUAUUACACGGCCGCUGUUGCCUCUGCGCCCUCACAACUCGCUGACCCUAAUCUCGACCUUAAAACCAAAAUCGCCCACCUUGAGGAGCGCAUGCGCCUACAGGCUCGUUAUCAUAAACUUUCCCUUCAACUUCAACAGAUCCAAUUAACUUCCUCAUCCAACUCAGAUCCCGCUCCGCCAUUAUGGGGGAGGGGUGACGCCGAGACCACCUUAAAGCCGCCUUUACGGGGCGGAGUUGACGCAGACACCACUUUAACUCCUCCCCCGGCUCCCGCGGCUUUGUCCGCUUUCCCGCCUCCCAAAAAACCCUUUUCCGCGGCUUCUGUCUUUCCUGUUAUUGAAGCUCCAGAUGUUCAAGGCCACCUCCGCCGCUAUCACCAACCACAUAAUUUUCAACAUUUAAAGGAAUUAAAAACCGCUGUUACCCAAUAUGGUGCUAGUGCCCCUUUCACUCUCACAAUUCUUGAUUCUAUUGCAGAAGGGUGGCUCACUCCCCUAGAUUGGCAAACUUUAGUAAAGGCUGCCCUUGACAGCGGAGAUCAUUUACUUUGGAGGACUAAAUUUCAGGAUCUCUGUACGGCCCUAACCCAGUUCUGAUCUGGGGAAGGGGAUCAGUAUGUUUCUCUUCACAGACUCAUGAUGCGGCCCGAUGGUUGCCUGAAGGGCUUGUCAGAUUUGUUACAGAUUUGUUACAGCAUGGUGACCGCUUCCUGACUCAUCCAAUAUGCUGAGAUGUUACUUUUCUCUUCGGCCUUUGCCGGCUUCAAGGAUCCAGGCAAGAUUGUGCCUUUGACUCAACAUCUUCAUGGUAAACCUUUACUAUUCAGGAUCUUCAGGAUCAGGUUGACUCCUUAGCUGAGGUAGUCCUUCAAAAUCGACGGGGCCUUGAUUUGCUAACUGCGGAAAAGGGGGGUAUUUGCUUGGUCCUGCAGGAGAAAUGCUGUUUCUACGCCAACAAAUCAGGAAUUGUCCGCAAUAAAAUCCGACAGUUACAAGAUGACCUGGAAAGAAGACGCCAGGAGCUAGCUGAAAAUCCACCCUGGACUGGUCUCAAUGGACUCUUACCUUACCUUCUUCCCCUCAUGGGUUCCCUAUUAACCCUUUUGAUAUUGGUUGUCGUGAACCCUAUAUAACAUUGUACACAUUCCUGAAUAAAUGAGACUGGCGAUGAUCCUGGCUUUGUCUCCACUCCUUGCGUACCCCUGUCCCAUACCAAGCCCCUGCUUCCUCCCCCGGGUACCCCGUUGAUCUGCCCGGCUGGC